AUGGACUCACUAGACGAUGAUCUAGAUGUGGGGAUAUUCCAGGUGGAGACGUCGUCGAAAAAGACAGAUGGUCCUUGUCACCACAAAAUGGACGCUGUGGCCUUGGCUACCUAUAUAUACCCGACAAACUUGCCGAUCCGUGACUACCAGUACAACAUUGUGUAUCGGUCCUUCUUUCACAAUAUCGUGGUGGCGCUACCGACAGGUCUAGGAAAGACGUUUAUUGCAAGCACGGUGAUGUUGAAUUUUCUACGGUGGUUUCCGGAAGCCAAGGUGAUCUUUAUGGCUCCUACUAAACCUUUGGUGGCUCAGCAGAUCAAGGCGUGCUGUGGAAUCACGGGUAUUCCGCCGGAAAAGGUGGCGAUUUUGCUCGAUAAGACGCGUCGCAACAGAGCAGCCAUCUGGGACGAGAAACAGGUGUUUUUUACGACUCCGCAGGUUGUGGAAAACGAUCUAGCAACCGGGAUAGUCGAUCCCAAGUCAGUGGUGCUUUUGGUCAUCGACGAGGCCCACAGAGCCAAGGGCAAUUACGCAUACAACAACGUCGUGAAGUUUCUAGAUCGGUUCAAUAAGGCCUACAGAGUUUUGGCCUUGACAGCCACGCCAGCAUCAGACGUUGAAGGUGUCCAGGAGAUCGUGGAUAACCUUCUGGUUUCGAAGAUCGAGGUCAGGACAGAAAAGAGCAUUGACAUUUACAAGUACCUCAAACGGAAACUCAUAGAUCGAGUUACGGUCGGGCAGUCGGAAGAAAUUCGCCAUGCUGUGGAUUUGCUAACGGAAGCAGUGAAGCCCAUUCUCGAGCAGGCCAACCAGAGAAACAUCUACGAUGUGCGUGAUCCCGCCUACAUCAACGCCUUUACUGCCAUGACCGCACAGAAGAAGAUUGUGAUGAACCGCCUGAUUCCAGAGGGGCUCAAGUGGCUGAACUUCUUCAUACUUCAGCUUCUAGCCGUCGUGGGUCAGGGCCUCCGGCGGUUGAACAUAUACGGAAUACGUUCGUUUUACGCUUACUUCAAGGAGAAGUACACUGAGUUUACCACCAAGUUCAACAGCAAAAAGUCGAAGAACAAUAUGGCUGCAAAAUUCUACUUCCACGAAAGCAUCAAGAAGUUGGUGGACUUUUGUGAGAAAUGCGUGUCCGACAAGCAGUUUCUCGGCCAUCCAAAGCUUGAGAUUGUCAUCUCAGAACUUGAAUCAUUUUUUCAAAACACCUCUAAUCAAGACUCUCGUGUGAUUAUUUUCACGGAGUUCAGAGAACUGGCACUCGAUAUAGUGAGGGCUAUCGAGCAGCGUGACUCGACUUUGAAACCACACAUCUUUAUUGGUCAAGCCAAGGAAAGGGAGAAAUUCGAUGAGGAAAAGUUUGCUGCCAAAGGGAAGAAAAGCAAAAAGAAGGAUGUCGAAUCACAGCCGCCAAGCUCUUCGCAAAGACCGACCUCCUCAGAGGAAGCCCAAAUGACCGGCAUGAAUCAGAAGGUUCAAAAAGAGCUUAUUCGCAAAUUCAAAGCUGGUGAAUACAAUAUUCUUGUUGCCACUUCCAUCGGUGAAGAGGGUCUUGAUAUUGGUGAGGUUGAUCUAAUUGUGUGCUACGAUUCGACAUCCUCACCUAUCAAGAAUAUCCAAAGAAUGGGAAGAACAGGCAGAAAUAGAGAUGGUAAAGUGCUUCUUCUAUUCGCUGGUAAUGAAGAGACCAAAUUUGACAAAGCCAUGGGCGGAUACGAGUAUAUCCAGCAGCACAUCAUGAAUGGAAAUAUGAUCAACUUGCAUGACCAACGACGCAUCAUCCCCACCGAUUUAAUCCUGUUGUGA